AAAAGCAUAAUGCACAAAGCGAAGCUUGGCUUAAUUAAUUGAUGGGGUGUGUCUUUAUUAAUUUAAUUAGUACAGCAAUGGAAGAUGAAAGAGAGUUGUCUCGGAGUGAGUCCGGCAGUUGUUAUAGGAACGCAAACAAUUACUAUCUCCUUCUCUCUUACUCAUCUGUAGGGAAGACUCGUAAGGAUGAAGGAGUUUCUUUGGCUAGGCCGCUAGAACUAUUCACGAAUAGUAAAGGAAGGACUUACGUUAAGUUCACUCUCGAUGGCCUCGACUGGUACUCGUAUCCACUUCAGAAGAAAGUGUCAACUCAACUUGAGCACAGCAUGCUCUUCAAGUUUGGAGGAGAUCCGACCAUUGCUGUCCAAAGUGUCCUGUUUGCUCACGGUUUUACUCGAGUCAGAAAUGAGUCUCCACUGUUCAAUAUAUUAUGGACUUGGACUCACCCUAAUUUGUCUGUAGUCAGGAAUCUUAAAUGGUUUCAGCGCAUCAAUCACUUCCUGAGGUCUGAGCAGAUCACUCAUAAAGAUUAUUUAUGCAUGAAUGUCCAACGGAUGCAAAAAUCAAAGGGUUUCAAGAACUUUAAUAUUAUACCUCAGACUUUUGUUCUUCCUUCAGAGAUGCCAUAUUUUAAAGAAACAUUUCGCAAGGGAAGUGUGUGGAUCGUAAAGCCGUGUCAUUCAUCGCGUGGUAGAAGAAUAUAUCUCAUUAAUAACCCUAGCCAGAUAUGUUCUGUUGAGCCAGUUGUUGUUUCAAGAUACAUUGAUAAUCCUUUGUGUAUUAACGGGUUUAAGUUUGAUUUGAGAUUAUAUGUUGCCGUGACCUCCUACGAUCCUAUAAGGAUAUACUUGUACAGCGAAGGACUCGGACGAUUUGCAGCCGAACCAUAUUCGAAAGAGGAAGAGAACCUCACCAAUCUAUACAUGCACCUCACCAACUACAGCAUCAACAAGACACAUCCUGAUUUCAUCAUGUCACAGUCAGAAGAGGUUGAGAAUCAUGGGAACAAGUGGAGUCUCAGUGCCAUAUUGAAUCAUCUAAGAAGAAAGGGUUACAAUAUACAAGAACUUAUGAUGUCUAUAGAAGAUGCUGUCAUUAAGACAAUAAUUAGUGGAGAAGUGCCAAUUGCAUCUGCUUCAAGACAUUUCCAGCCAUAUAAAGCAAACUGCUUUGAAUUGUUUGGUUUUGACAUUUUGAUUGAUGAAUCGCUUAAGCCUUGGAUACUAGAAGUAAACCUUUCACCAUCUUUGACCUGCGACAGUCCCUUGGAUUUCAAAAUCAAGUCAAACCUCAUAACUGAUUUAAUGUCACUGAUUGGAAUACCAGUACAAGACCCUAAUCCACCGCCACCUCCACAGACAGCAUCACAAUCAAGCAUCAAACUAGUUAGGACUGUGAGACGAAUGCCAUCAGUUUCGGUUGAGGAGCAACAAGUUUUAUCAUGCACUGUUGAUGAGUACAAGAGGAGAGGUCAUUUUGUUCGUAUAUUUCCAUCAGAAGACAGCUGGGAGUUAUAUGGAGCAUUUCUUGAGAACAGGACGUCAUUUAAUUUUUCACUGUAUACCCACAUUUAUCCUGACAACCUUAGUAAGAUGAAAUGGCCUCCUCAUUCGACUACUUCUAUCACUACAAUGAUUGCUAGGAGAAUUAAGAAAGGAGCUCAGAUACAUAUAUUGUCACCAGAUAAGACUAAUGAUGUUAAAGGAUUGAGUGCAGUGCAUAGAGUGAAGCUUUAUGCCAGUCCAUUGCAAGGUAAAGGGACCAACUGCUCCUGUCUGUCUCCCCCAACCUCUGAUGAAGAAGACUUUAACACCACCAAUUAUAAAGAGGAUGAAACAAUUUAUAGAUCCUCUUUGUCAGUUCCUUCACUCAAUCGUUAUCAGGUGAGGUUAAUACUCACUGCUUACUUGGAGAAGGUUUAUGACAAACUCUUACACCAUACAAAGAAGGAUGCAAUGCUCAAGAGCUCAGACACUUUUGAAAAGAAUCUUAAUGUCAUUGAGAGGUUUAUAAGCAACGUAAGUCAGAACCUAGUCUCCCACUCGAGUACCAGUUUACCAUUGAGACACACCUUGCCACUUAUUGUCAGGUGUAAGAUGCUAACACAGAUACUGAUGGAUCUGAUAUUCUCAUAUAGAGCUGAGACAACUGUUUUAAGGGAUAAACUCAGUGAUGAUGCUAUUGGCAAUGUUGAUGGUUGCUGUUGUGAAGAUGUCAUGUCAGAUAAUGCCAUUGAGUACUUUAUCUCAACUGCAAGUGAGACGCAGUUGGAGAGGGUUUUGCGUGAGAUAGCAGCCACGAUUGAUUUGCCGCUAGUUUUUAAACUUUCAGACAAUCUCAAAGUUGCUCAUUCCGCAAGAAGAGCUGAAGCUCAUCCUUUGAAGUUAGGAAGACCAAAAAAGCGAUCGCUAUCAGCUGGUGCUCCUAUCAGAGAUACACAGCAGCAGCAGUUUUCCUUUAGAAGAUGUCAAUCAGUUUUACCUUCAGCAACUAGGGCUGGUCUGCAAGAAUUAUUAAAGCCACAGAUAAAUUACCUAGUCAGCGACAGGACUGUUUCAUCACUGCUGAAGAAAGGAACCAUGACAGAAAGAUCUUCGUAUAAAUUCAUGCAACAGGGAUGCAAGAGAUUAUAUAGGGAUUUUCAAUCACUACCUCUCCUUGUUAAACCAGAUGACUCUGCAGGAGCAUCAAGUAGACCAAUGAGACCCCAAAGUAGCAUUUACAAGCAGAAUCUAUUGUCAGAUCCAAUAGUCAAAAUAAAACAUAUGCAUUGAAAAUUUAGUUACGCGUACAUGUACAUCCACUUCAGUUAUAAAUCAACUUUAUAUGAUCAUAGUAAUUGUUGUUAUAUCAUUAUCUGCUUUGGUUGUUAUUUAUCAUUAUUAUUAUUGUUGUCAUCGUAGUAAUUUAAUAUAAUUGUUGGUAAUGUUGUUAUAACCAGAACAAAA